AUGGCUAGGAGUAAAGUGAAGAAAGUAAAACCGAGAAAAAAAAAACCUUUAAAAUUGGAUAAACAAUUUAACUGUCCUUUUUGUAGUUAUAAAAAAUCAGUUGAUAUAAAACUACAUAGGUCCAAAGGGAUUGGAGAAUUAGCUUGUCUAAAAUGUGGUGUUAAAUAUGUUAAUCAAAUAACAAGUUUAGAUGAAUGUAUAGAUGUUUAUAGCGAAUGGGUAGAUAAAUGUCUUGAAGCUAAUAAAAAAGGAUGUAACGAAUUUUUUUUUAAUGAUGAUUUGCUGUCAUUAAAUAAUUUAGAAGAUAAAGAUAUUAUGGACCAAACAAUCGAAUAA